AUGACAAAGAAAAUUAGAGGAUCGGGUACAAAGAAAGUAAUAAUCAGUGAUGAUGCCAAGACAUAUAUGAAUGAAAUAAAGGUUACAUUUAAAGAUGAGAAGCAUAAGUACCAUGAAUUUUUGAUAAUUAUGAAAGAUUUUCAGAUAAGAAGAAUUGAUAUACAAGGUGUGAUGACAAGAGUGAAGAAGUUGUUUAAACAACACAAAGAAUUAUUAUUAAAAUUUAAUAAUUUUUUGCCUGAUGGAUUGGAAAUCAAACCUCCAACAAAAGAGACAAAAAUACUUGAAGUGAAUAAAGAAAAAGCUGAAAAAUAUUUAGACAAAGUGAAGACACGAUUUCGACGUCAACCUUGUAUAUACAAUUCAUUUCUAGACAUAAUGAGUAUGUACAAAAACAACAAUAUAAGCCUUAAGGAGAUGUGCGAAAUGGUUUUUUCACUUUUUGAACACCACCCUGAUCUUGUCAAUGGAUUUAUUAAUUUUCUUCCAUGA